UUAUUAAACGUAUUAACAGUGUGUGUAUCCAUUUUCAUUGUCGUGCUUCAUCAGUGUUCUGAUAAAACAAUUCAUUUUGCCAUUGUUGCAGAGAAGCAAUCACAAACCACUAGAUUUCCGAAACCGCAGUUAAAUUACCUUUAAUUGUGGCAAGUUGAUUUUUAUUUUUGGAUUAUUUUUUUCAAGCGAUAUCGAUCCUUCACAUAAACAAAAUGUCCAGUUUUAAGCCGAUUGACGGUUCCAAGGAAGAAUUCCGCAAGUACCUAGACCGCAAGGGCGUGCUGGAUGCUAUCACCAAGGUUCUGAUCAAGUGCAACACGGACCGGCCGGACAACGCGAUCGAGUUCCUACUGGAGAAUCUUGGCGAAAAGGUCAAGGACAAGCAUACAAUCGCGUGCCUGGAAAACGAUCUGACCGAUGCCAGGAAUGAAAUCGAGGCGCUCAAACGGAAGGUUGAAUCACUCCAGAUUGCCUCCGCCGUGGCCACUGCGCCUAGCGCUGGAAUCAGCAACGGAAGUUCCCCGGCGGACGAAGGUGCGGCAUCGGACAGUGUUGUGAGCGAGGAAGCCAAGUCUGUUGCUCUUGUGGUGGAUACUGUGUCCAGUCAGGGUCAAGAGAUGCCCGCGGGAGAUGCGAAGGGCGAGCAGAGCGCGACUGAGCCAACCGAGCCGGUGCCUAAGCAGCAGACUCCACAAUAGGGUGGAUGCUACUGAAAGACACUUUAGUUUUAUCUGAAUCGUCCAGAUAUAUCUAGUACUAAAGAAUGAAUAAAUUCCUGCUAUAAUAAACGGUAUGUAUUUAAAUAUAUAAGUAUCCAUAUCAAAUUGGAUUUAAACAGAGCCAAAAUAACAAACAUUAGUAUGAAGAUGUAUCAAAGAAAAGUAACAAAAAAACGCCAUUGUUGAAUUAGCCGGCAACAUUGGAAACAACUUUUUAGGUGAACAUCAUAGAAAAAUACCUUGAACGUCUAUAAGGGUUUUUUAGCCAUGCAUACAAAACUUAUUCAAAUAAUCACAAAAAGUAUAGGUAAGCGCAGUCAAAUUGAAUCUAGGAAACGGUCAAAGUGGUUGAUUACCUACUCAGACAGUUCUCUAAAGAAACAUCAAGGCUGAUAAUUGUACCAAUACAAUGAGCUGCCCUAAUUAAACAGAUAUGUAUGUUGCAUCAUUGAUUGGUCCAUACAAUUCUUCAAUUCAAAGUACUCCGUUAGCAUGAUCUGUUUUGAAAAACGGUUCAAAGUUUGAUCAGAGUUCAAACUCGAUUACCUGUGAAGGUUUUUGGAUAACCCAAUCUAAAAUUAUACACAAGUAUAAUAGUGGAACUGCAUGUAUUUUCAUCGGGCACCUAAUAUGUUGGCAUCUAAUUGAAAAGUAAUUUCAACGCAUAGCUUGAUCGGAAGUUACUAAGCAAGUUUUUAUCAACACAUUUGCAAAACAAUUUGUUCAAAUUUUGCAAAUUAGACGGAGUUAGGACCGAGUCUUUAACCUGCGAAACAUAUGAGAUUUUUUCUUAUAGUUAUUGCGUUGGAGCGUUGUUUUAGUCUUAUUUGAACUUAGCGACCCAAAAUAAAAUGAUGCGGAACAGUAUAAUAUAAUAUAGUAUAAUAUACAGUGAAACAUCUUUUUACGCGGUGCGUUACGUUUGUCUAAUUUGUCGAUUUAGCUGGAACGACGCAACAUUUUUGCAAUCUUUUCAAAGCAAUUUGUAGGUUUUGUUCAGAUCUAGAAAACGCUUUUUGAUGCUCGCAAAAAUAUUGUAUGGUUCAAGGGAAAUCGACGAAACAAAAAGCGUAACGCCACCGCGUAAAAAGAGGUUUCUCUGUAAUAGUAGAGCAAUUCUCUACAAAAUCGGUCUUUUUUCUUAAAUUUCAAUUUUUGUAUUUUUUAAUCCGACUGAAAUUUUUUUGGUUCCUUCGGUAUGCCAGGGUAUGCCCAAAGAAGCCAUUUUGCAUCAUUAGUUUGUCCAUAUAAUUCUCCAUACAAAUUUGGCAGCUGGCCAUACAAAAAUGAUGUAUGAAAAUUCAAAAAUCUGUAUCUUUUGAAGGCAUUUUUUGAUCGAUUUGGUGUCUUCCGCAAAGUUGUAGGUAUGGAUAUGGACUACACUGAAAAAAAUGAUACACGGUAAAAAAAAUUUUGUGUGAUUUUUAAUUUCACUUUUUGUCACUAAAACUUGAUUUGCAAAAAAACACUAUUUUUUUAUAUGUUCUAGAGGACAUCAAAUGCCAACUUUUCAGAAACUUCCAGAUUGUGGGAGCGGUCGUGGCUGAAUGGUUACGAUGUUCGCUUUAUAAGCGAAUGGUUCUGGGUUCGAUACCCAUCUGCUCCCAACGAGAAAGUUCUAGACUCAUUGAAUUUGGAAUUAAUGCAAAAACAUGAAAAAGCUCACGGCGGGGUUCGAUCCCCUGUCCUUAGGAUUGUUAAGCAAAAUGCUUUCCACUUAACCGUGGAGCAUUGGUAGCUUGAGGAGGAAUUAGACUGGUAUAAUUGAAUCCAAGAAUCGGACAAAGAAUUGAAUGCAAGCUGAACAUCAGAACUCAAACAAGAUUGCAUGCAAUAUUGCAAGCGCAGUUGAAAUUGAAUUUAAAAAUACCUCGCUAUAAAUAGCCUGGGCGACUGAUAGAAUUCAUCCAAUAAGAGAUGAGAAGAAUUGAAAGCUAUCCCAUUAGAAAUGAGAACACACGAAGAAUUCGAACAACAAUGCAAAAGGUCGUUACCACUCGCCUAGGGUGGAUCCUCAGACCAUUCACCUUCCCAAAAACCGUCCAACUCCAAGCGAAACUUACUUGAGGAUACCGUGGAGAUUUUCCCUUAAUACUCUGAAAAAAGUGGAGCAUCAACACUUCCCGUCUUCCAAAUCCCUUUCCUUGUCCCUGGUGCGCGGUGGAGAUGGGAGCGGCCGGCAAUGGACGGCUGCCAUGGUGGGAAUCUGGUUCAGGUGGAAUGGUUCUAUUCCUAAUUAUCGAUUCCUAGGCAACUUGGGCUUAGACAAUCAUCACAUCACAUGGCGAAUAUCCAGUCUGCAAUCCGCUAAAAUCACCGUCUCCUAGCGAAGCGAAGUGAUUUCCAGAUUGUGCAAUAAAUCUUUGAGCGAGUUAUGAAUUUUUGAAUCAAUACUGAUUUUUUCAAGCAGGCCAAGUGCGAAUGAUUCUGAUGAUACCUCUUCAGUUGACGCUCAGGCGAGGAACAUCCUGGAAGGAGCGUCACUGACUACGUCCGUAGUCCUGUUAGAUCAUUUCUUGAUCAAGACAGUAUAGCUCUGGUUCCUUGCAAGUGUCCUAUUUUCUUACCUCCACGUUGGCUUGGUUUUCAUGAUGACCUAGCUGGUGGCCUGUGGAAACGGAUCGUAAACCUUUGACCACCGCGGGUCAAAGUCGAGACGGCUAAAAGAAAGGGGCGCGACAAUGUGGGAAAGGGAUGUAAUUUGUGAUUGUAGACGGUAUUGUUUUGAUUCGCAGUAUGUUGAGUCAACUGCUGUGGAUGUACCUGAAACAUCGCACAACGGGGUUUCUCUUCAUUCCUUUCAUCUACCACCUAUCUUCUGUUUAUUUUGUUUCACUGAUUUUCUAACGCGGCUUCUGUUUACUUCUGUUUACUCCAUUUGAUUUCGAUUUUACUCAUUUGAAUCUCUUAUUUCUCAACGCUUUUCCACUCUAUUUUACCAAUUGAUGCUGCUGUAACAAACUGUCUGUUUUUCCUUAAUUUGGCAGCGAUGUCGAUUUUGUUUAUCUUUAUUUAUCUAUUUGAAUAAUUUUUCAUCUGCCCUAUAAAUUGCAUUUAACACAAUCUAUGCUUGUUUGUUACCUCUUUUUAUUAACUAUUGUUAAUUUCAUUAUCUACUUAUUAAAUUACUAUCUUUCUUUUACUAUUGAUUCUUAAAAUAGUAUAUUUCUUUCACUGUCCAUUGUUUUUUUAAUCUUCACCCUUUUCUUCAAACAAAUGAGAUUCGAGCCCUUACUCAAUUUUUGGAAUGAUCAAAGAAUUAACACAAAUAUUACUAUUGUACUUUUGAAAAACUUUUAUAAAAUGCUUAGGACCAAAAAUUGUAACAAAACACCGCGACAAAAGAAAUAGCAACAGAUAAACAAGACUUAACAUUAGGAAUUAUUUCAGGAGAAAAAAAUACACAGUAAAAUAACAACUAGUUUUUGAAUUCAAACUAAAAAUAAAACAGUUUUUGCUUUAAUGAAAGUUGAUAGGCACACUUUAAACGGUUAGGCGCUUAUACUUACAUCAAACCCUACGUAAUGUACCACCCCCGGCCGAGUUAAAAUGCGUAACCGGAAAAGAAGGUGUGCAUGCCUGGCACGAACACUCAAAGCGUGUUCUAGCGUGCUGCUCGUACUGACUCAGAGCAAGGGUGAGAUGUAGGUGUAAGGGCAGUGCGUGUUCGUCGGGAACCUAGUGCAUAAGAUCGGUCAAGGCCCGUUCUUACACUGAAAAAAUUGCGAAUUGCGAAUACUGAUUUUUUCAAAAAAUCGAAAAAUCGGUCGCAAAAAUUUUUCAAUUCAUUUUUCGAUGUAAAAUCAAAUUUGCAAUCGAAAAGUACUUUAGUGAAAUUUUGAUAAAAUGCACCGUUUUCAAGUUAAAUCCAUUUUUAGGUGACUUUUUUGAAAAUAGUCGCAGUUUUUCAUUUUUUUAAAUUAGUGCACAUGUUUGCCCACUUUUGAAAAACCAAUUUGCGACCAAUUUUUCGUUUUUUGAAAAAAAUAGUAUUGAUUCAAAAUUCAUAACUCGCUCAAAGAUUUUUUGCACAAUCUGGAAAUUUCUGAAAUGUUGGCAUUUGAUGUCCUCUAAAACAUAUAAAAAAAUUUAGUAAAAAUAGUGUUUUUUUUGCAAAUCAAGUUUUAGUGACAAAAAGUUAAAUAAAAAAUCACCAUUUUUUUACCGUGUAUAAUUUUUUUCAGUGUAGUCCAUAUCCAUACCUACAACUUUGCCGAAGACACCAAAUCGAUCAAAAAAUGCCUUCAAAAGAUACAGAUUUUUGAAUUUUCAUACAUCAUUUUUGUAUGGCCAGCUGCCAAAUUUGUAUGGAAAAUUAUAUGGACAAACUAAUAAUGCAAAAUGGCUUCUUUGGGCAUACCGAAGGCACCAAAAAAGUUUCAGUCGGAUUAAAAAAUACAAAAAAAAUCGAAUGACCGAAAUCUGAGAGAACUGCUCAGUACAGAGAAACCUCUUUUUACACGGAACCGUAACGCUUUCGUAAAUUUCUCCUAAACCAUAUAAUAUUUUUGCAAGCUUCAAAAAGCGUUUUGUAGAUCUGAACAAAACCUACAAAUUUCAUUUAAAAGAUUGCAAAAAUGUUGCGUAGUUUCAGAGAAAUUGACAAAAUAGAAAAACGUAACGCAUCGCGUAAAAAGAGGUUUCUCUGUUUCAAGUAUCUCUGACUGUAAUAAACUUGUGGACUUAGUUAAAUCCAUGAGCAUGAGCAUGAGCAUAAUCAUGGUUGACUGCCAAUGAGCUGCUACUCCGUUAUUGACAGAUCAGCUGAAGUUAAACAAUGAAUCAAAAAUGAUCAGUGGGAGCCAACCAUCCGUUCACUGUUUAACCUCUGAUGAUCUCUACUUUUUUAGUCAAUACCGGCGCCCUCCCAAGAAGCCUGCAGUUCAACGAAAGGGAGGAAUGUUAGUCCGAUAGUUGAAGUUGCAGACUCAUCAAGCACAUAGUUUUUCGCUAUAUACUUGCUGAUACCGCUUGAGACCGUUGAAUCCACAGCAUCUCCUUCAAGCAUCACGUGAUUAUUUUUUUUUUGGGUUAGUAGGAUAAGUUAUUGGCUUUUCGAUGCCUCCCGAGCUACGACGCUAUGGGGAGGACUUUCAUAACAGACCCGUCGGCGAGCCUUCCGAGCAACGAUGCUAUGGGAAGGUCUUUUUGGUUAACACACAAACUCACUCACACACAGCUAUUUUACUCCACUAUUAACUCAACGAUCCAAAUUGUCAGUGCGUCUUUCGUUCAUUAUAUAGAAAUGGCUUUUUCGCCGCAAAAAAAUAAAACCUUAUUCGAAAAAUUUAAACACAAUCCACCCGACGCCGUGCGUUCCGAUCAACGAUGAUAUAGGAAGGGCUUUGAAAAUCACAAAAGAAAUCAUUUUCACUCCGAAUAUUUUUCAUGACCACGCGCUCCCUUUGUCAACCAUGCCCUCGAACUUGUGGACUUAGUUAAAUCCAUUUGAAAAACAGAAAAAAAAACAUUUGUGUAAACCCAGAAAAUAUUGUUGUUAUGCAGUUCUCGAAAAAAUAUAGCAAUUUUUCCAAAACAUUCCAAGCGUAAAGUUUUUUUUUUUAAUAGGUCCUAUAAACAUAUAAAACAUUCAACUCCCGUGUAUUGCAGCAUCGAUUUCAAUAAACUUAUAAUUCUAGUCGUAGAAAUGUCGUGAAAUCAUCUACUUUGGACCUUACGUACCGAAAACAGCUGGUCCCAUAAAGUUAUAACGACGGACAAAGAGAUGGUAGUUAUUUCAAGGAGAAACUUAAAUUAUACUGUCUAAAUAUACGAAAAAUAAUAAUAGGGAAAA